UUGCAUUUGGGGUCUCAGUCAUAAUUCACUUUUAUUGCAUGGAAUAGGUAAUUGUGACAACUGAAAACCUAAACAACUUUUUUAAAGAAAUAAUAAUAACAUUUUAUAAUUUAUAUAAUUAAUAAUUUUCUUUAUUUAUCACACAUUAUACAUUUGCACAUAUAUGGUGAAAUUCUUCUUUUUCACAUAUCCCAGCUAGGCUGGGGUCAGAGUGCAGGGUCAGCCAUGAUACGGCACCCCUGGAGCAGAUAGGGUUAAGGGCCUUGCUCAAGGGCCCAACAGUGGUAUCUUGGCAGUGCUGGGGCUUGAACCCCUGACCUUCUGAUCAGUAACCCAGAGCCUUAACCGCUGAGCUACCACUGCCCUCUGAGCUACCACUGCCCAUUUUAUGCAUACUACAGCCAAACUAAAAAAAUAAAAUCUACAUUGUUUUUAAAUCUGAACCACUGAAAAGUAUACAUCUUUAAUGCAUUUUGUAAUAACUUCCAGACAAUCAAAAUGAGCAUCACAUCAUUGGCCCACAACCCCUAUAUUCAGAUGUAUCUGCAAAUUCCUUUCACAGCGUCUAUACAAAUCUUAUUAAACUUAAACCUCUGGGGAAAUGAUUAAACAGACAAGCAAAGUGCUUAUAAUGAAAAUCACAAGUCUAGAGUCUAGACUGUCAUGAGCCUGACUGAGCAAGAGGUUCCUCACACACUAAGGUAACUAACCGAAAUCAAACACACACAUACAGUAUACUGUAUACCAUGAUCAAAACAUCUGUUAGGACAGAUUCAACAUGUUUACUGUUGUCAAGUUUUAAUAAUUAAUCCUAUAUGAUUCUGUUGUGAAGAAAUGCACAAAACAUUUGUUUUAAGCUUGAUCUAUGCAUUUGCAACAGAAUCCUGCCCUCUUGUUGCCUGUAAUCUGAUUUGCUUCACAAUGGUGUCCUUGUAAGUGAGUGUGUGUGAGAGAUGGAAAAAAAAUACUUGCGAAUGUAGGCCAAUCUAACUUAUUGAUGUCACGAGAAAUUCAGCGGGAGCACAAGACAGAGUCUGAACUGCUAUUCUCAAUCUGCAGAAUUACAGAUACAGGGCACCAAUAACAUUCCUCAAGCAUCUAUUCAUGGUUUUAGGCAGCUAAAAUCCUUAGGAGUGAGUGGACCUAACUAACUGUGUUCUGAUUGGUUCUGCAGAUCUUCAUCUGGGAUUGUACGGCCAUCAUGGUCUCGUUGGUUACAACAGUGAUCUUGGUUGCACUAAUCUCAAUGCUGACAAUUGCAAGAGGACAAGAAAGGCAAGGCUUCACUGCACGUCGAACUGGAGCCAUUAUGAUCAACUAUAUCCAAAAUGCUAAACAUGAGAGCAUCAAUUUUGACGUGAACAUGGAUGAUGAUUACAGAACAUUAGCUGGACCUGAAUGUAAUGAAAUUGAUUGUGAACAUGAUCAUAUUGUAUAUAAGGAUCCUGAGAUGGAUAUAACUGAGCAUGGUAGUGUACCUGCACAUGUUGAGAUGAACAAAAUGAAAUGUGAUGGUGAAUGCAAACAUAUUCCAUUGGAUAACGAUGCUUCUGAUGGUCUGGAUAAUACAUCUAGAGGAGAUCCUGUGGUCACCACACAUCUGGGUCGAGUUCGUGGCCUGACUUUGGACAAUGCUCAUGUGUUUUAUGGGAUUCCGUAUGCAAAACCUCCUGUAGGGGUUAAACGCUGGGCUCCACCUUCUCCCAUUUCACCUUGGUCGUACACGUAUGAUGCCACAUUUCCUCGUCCCGCAUGUAUGCAGAAGUGUGCUGGAGAGUUCUCUCAGCUGUGUCCUCCAAAGGUGAGUGAAGACUGCCUAUAUCUCAACGUGUUUGUUCCUGUGAGUGUCAACCUGUCAUUGCCAAUAGUAACAGCACUGCCAGUGAUGGUGUGGAUUCAUGGCGGUGACUUCAUCGCCGGCUCCGCCUCUAAACCUCUGUAUGAUGGACGCUUCAUCAGUAACUAUAGCAACACAGUGGUUGUAAACGUAGAGUAUCGUCUAGGUAAGACAAACAGCAUUAUGAUUUUCAUACUCAUGAAUGUGUUUCAUCUGAACAAGCAUGUAGUGUGUAAUAUGUUCUGGUCGAUUUUAGGUGCAUUUGGGUUCUUAGUCACGGGGAAAGAUCCUGAGAGCUCUGCAGUUGGUAAUUAUGGGAUUCUUGACCAGCAGGCAGCCUUGCGCUGGGUUCAGGAAAACAUUGAUGCCUUUGGAGGAGACCCAAAUAAGGUGAGUCUGUUUGGAGAGAGCGCUGGAGCCCAAUCAGUGUGUCUUCAUCUGAUGAUGCAAAGCAGUGAGUCGUUGUUCAGACAUGCAGCAAUACAGAGUUUACCAUUCUCUAUGACACUGAAAACCAGGUGGGAUGCUAUGAAGCUGGGUUGGGAUUUUGCUAAACUAACUAAUUGCUCAGCAUUUGAUCUGGCCUGUCUGCGUUCCCUCAGUGCACAUGAUGUGCUUAACGCCCAGGUUAAAUCAGGUUCUAAGAUCAUCAACCCGUUCCGUUUCCUGGAGGCGUUUGAGACCUGGGGGCCAUUCAUUGAUGGAGAGCUGAUCCAAGAACAGACAAUCAGAGCCUUCCGAAAAGGCCACUGGCAGAGUUACAAGCCCAUUGUCCUAGGUACAACUUCAGAGGAAGGCGUCAUCUUUGUGUACGGGGUUUUCAACCAGUCCGUAUCAAUGUUGGAAUGUGUUGUCUACACCGCUGCCAUUUUUAAGCAGCAUGCAAUCCGAAUUCUGCGGAAAUACUUGCCUUUCUACCGAAACCAGGACAGGCGGGUCAUGCUUUCACAGAUUGUGACAGAUUACGUGUUUCUGUGCCCAACUCGAUGGUCUGCCCGCUCUGGAGUGAGUAUCGGUGGUUCUGUUUGGAUGUAUGUGUUCGACCACGCUCCAUCUGAUCACAACAUAUGGGCGGGGCUACCUUUCUGUUAUAAUCACACCUGCCAUGGGGCAGAGCUUCCCUUUCUUUUUGACUCCGCCCCCAGUACUAACUUCACACUUACACCUCAAGAGACCCUGCUGGCCAAUCGGAUGGCGUGUUACUGGGGAGCAUUCGCACACACAGGGGACCCAAAUUCACGGAGUGAACAGACAACCUUCUGCAGAGAGCAGAGACUCCCUGUUUGGCCACGGUACACGCCCACAGAGGGCUGGCCCCUCCUGAAUCUGACUCUACAGACACACCCACAACAGGGGAACAGGGACCAUUUCUGUGACUUCUGGGACCGUCUCGAUAUCUACUGAGGAGUGGAGAUCCAUGAAAACAUCUUUAUAUCUUAUUUCUAACAACUUUGAUAGACAUAUGCCAUUCCUUAUUCUAAUCAAUAUAUAGGGGCAGACCGGGGCUAGUUGUCACAUGGGGAAGUUGUCAAAAGGGCUAUUUCUCACUAACAGUAAGAUUUGGAGUCAAAAGUCCGAUUGUUCAUUCAAAAGGUUAUGUUGGUUUUACCUAGUUCAAAUCCCUCAAAUAUAUUAUUCAAAUAGAAUUAUUUUUGUGAAUUCUACCCUCCCAACUAAAUUUUCACUAUCAUCAAAUUUUUGUUAUAGGUCUUCAGUAAACAAGCAAACCUAAUCAAACCACACUGUCACAAAUUCAAGAAUCGACUACACUAUGAAGGCAGAUUUUUACUGAAAGGGUUAAAUGUGUUGGGGCAUGUUGUCAUAAAUGUAAUAAUUUUAUACAAUUCAUCUAUUACAAUAUUUGUUGGCCAAAACAAUGUUUUUAUUAUUUUAUACAUUACUUUUUCAACUUUUGUUGUUUCAUGAAUCAUUUUGAGCCUCAUAAUUGUUUUGUUACAUUUUACUGAGAAGCCUACAAUAGGCUGUUUAAUGCAAAGAGAGGCUGAGAUUUUGUUUUGGUGGUUA